AUGCGCUCCGCGGCCGCCGCGACCGUUUUGCGCCGCACAUCCGUCUUGCUCCCCCAAUGCGCACGCUGCCACGCACCCGCCGCCGCCCUGGUGUCACGCUUCUCGACGACCGCGCGCCGCACCAGCGCCCUCGUCCCCAAGCACAACCCGCACCACCAUCACACCGCCACGAGCCCAUCAUCGCCGCCGCGCCGCUUCCUCUCCCAACAGCCGCCGCGUCGCGCCGAUAGCGCCGAAAAGCCGGCCGCCGCCGCCACCCACUACGACCUCUUCCCCUCCACGCUCCCCCUCGGGCCCCCCCCGCGCGGCCACUUUCCCAUCCAGACGCGCGCGCUGCGCCGCGAGUUCCUCGCCCUGCAGGCGCGCGCCCACCCGGACAUGCACCCGCCGGGGCCGGCCAAGACGCGCGCCGAGGCGCUCUCCGCCCGCAUCAACGAGGCGUACCGCACGCUCGCCAACCCGCUGCUGCGCGCGCAGUACCUGCUGGCGCUGCGCGGCGUCGACGUGGCGAAUGACGAGCGGCUCAAGGUCGACGAGCCCGCGCUGCUGAUGGUGGUGCUCGAGGCGCGCGAGGAGAUUGAGGAGGCCCGCGCCGAGGAGGACCUGCACGAGGUGAGGACGGCGAAUGAGGCCCGCAUCGCCGACGGCGAGGAGGCCCUGGAGAGGGCGUUUCGCGACGAUGAUGUCGAGGCCGCCAAGAGGGAGGCCGUCAGGAUGCGCUACUGGGUGAAUAUCAGGGAGAGCUUGGAUAACUGGGAGCCGGGCAAGCCGAUUGUGCUGCAGCAUUAG